GGCUGCUGCCACCAUAGGGAAGUAGGGCUUGACGACUGUACUUCCCCAGGACUCAGGCGUGGUCUGGUCCAGGAACAAGAAGCACAUCGCUACCAAUGACAUCAUGACAGCAAGAGAACAGAGCCCUCGCCAUGGUGCCAGGGCCCGUUCGAUGCAGCGGGCGUCCACCAUUGAUGUGGCAGGCGACAUGCUGGGCUUGUCUCUGGCAGGAAACGUGCAGGAUCCAGAUGAGCCCAUUUUAGAAUUCAGCUUAGCUUGCAGUGAGUUGCAUACUCCAUCACUUGAUCGAAAACCAAAUAGUUUUGUAGCAGUGAGUGUAACCACCCCUCCUCAGGCAUUCUGGACGAAACACGCACAGACGGAGAUCAUUGAGGGAACCAACAAUCCUAUAUUUCUAAGCAGCAUUGCCUUUUUUCAAGACUCUCUUAUCAAUCAGAUGACACAAAUCAAACUAUCUGUAUAUGAUGUCAAAGAUAGAUCUCAGGGAACAAUGUAUUUACUAGGCUCUGGAACCUUCGUUGUCAAAGACCUACUCCAGGACAAGCAUCAUAGGUUGCAUUUAACACUAAGGUCUGCAGAGAGUGACCGUGUGGGCAACAUCACCGUGAUAGGUUGGCAGAUGGAGGAGAAGUCAGACCAGCGGCCCCCUGUGACCCGGUCUGUGGACACUGUCAAUGGGAGGAUGGUUUUACCUGUUGAUGAAAGCUUGACCGAGUCACUGGGACUCCGAUCCAAAUAUGCUUCAUUGCGAAAAGACACCUUAUUAAAAUCGGUGUUCGGCGGCGCCAUCUGCCGCAUGUACCGGUUCCCGACUACCGAUGGUAACCACCUUCGGAUCUUGGAGCAGAUGGCGGAGAGCGUGCUCUCCCUGCACGUGCCCCGGCAGUUCGUGAAGCUCCUGCUCGAGGAAGAUGCAGCCAGAGUAUGUGAACUGGAAGAGUUGGGGGAACUGUCCCCUUGCUGGGAGAGCCUCCGGCGCCAAAUUGUCACUCAGUAUCAGACCAUCAUCCUCACCUACCAGGAGAACCUGACAGACCUCCAUCAGUACAAAGGUCCCUCAUUUAAAGCUAGCAGUUUGAAAGCAGAUAAAAAGUUAGAAUUUGUUCCCACGAACUUGCACAUACAAAGAAUGAGAGUUCAAGAUGAUGGAGGAUCAGAUCAGAACUACGACAUCGUCACCAUCGGAGCCCCAGCGGCACACUGCCAAGGCUUUAAGUCAGGAGGUCUUCGCAAAAAGCUGCACAAAUUUGAGGAGACUAAAAAACAUACUUCAUCCAUCUGCCAGUCCAUCAUCUACAUCCCACAGGACAUCGUCCGAGCAAAGGAGAUUAUUGCCCAGAUCAACACCCUGAAAACCCAAGUUAGUUACUAUGCAGAGCGGCUCUCGAGGGCCGCAAAGGACAGGUCUGCCACUGGCCUCGAAAGGACACUUGCCAUCUUAGCAGAUAAGACCCGACAGCUAGUCACAGUCUGUGACUGCAAGCUUCUGGCCAACUCAAUCCAUGGGCUGAACGCUGCUCGGCCUGACUACAUUGCCUCCAAAGCUUCUCCCACUUCAACUGAAGAGGAACACGUGAUGCUCCGAAAUGACCAGGACACCCUUAUGGCCAGGUGGACAGGGAGGAACAGCCGAUCUUCUCUGCAAGUGGACUGGCAUGAGGAGGAGUGGGAGAAAGUGUGGCUCAAUGUCGACAAGAGCCUGGAGUGCAUCAUUCAGCGGGUAGACAAGCUGCUGCAGAAGGAGCGCCUGCCGAGUGAGGGCUGUGAGGAUGACUUACCCUGUGCUGCCAACUGCCCCAGCAAGAAAGGUAACCGGCGUAGCCGCGCCUACUGGAUCAGACCGGAGGAUCCCUUCUGCGAUGUCCCCUCCUUACCAUCAUGCCCCUCCACCACGCCCUCUGCUGCAUGCCACCCUCACCUGACCACACAUUGCAGCCCCCCUCCAGAAGAGUCCAGCCCAGGUGAAUGGAGUGAGGCCCUUUACCCCCUGCUGACCACCCUCACAGACUGUGUGGCCAUGAUGAGUGACAAGGCCAAGAAGGCGAUGGUCUUCCUGCUCAUGCAGGACAGUGCACCCACCAUAGCCACCUACCUGAGUCUGCAGUACCGCCGCGAUGUCGUCUUCUGCCAGACCCUGACAGCUCUCAUCUGUGGCUUCAUCAUCAAGCUAAGGAACUGCCUGCAUGAUGAUGGCUUCCUGCGGCAGCUCUACACCAUCGGGCUCCUGGCCCAGUUUGAGAGCCUACUGAGCACCUACGGUGAGGAGCUAGCAAUGCUGGAGGACAUGAGCCUGGGAAUCAUGGACUUGAGGAACGUGACCUUUAAAGUCACCCAGGCCACUUCCAGUUCAUCAACCGACAUGCUGCCAGUCAUCACAGGGAAUCGGGACGGCUUCAAUGUGCGGAUCCCCCUGCCUGGCUCGCUGUUUGAUUCCCUGCCCCGCGAGAUCCAGAGUGGCAUGCUGCUGCGGGUACAGCCCGUCCUCUUCAACGUGGGCAUCAACGAGCAGCAGACGCUGGCCGAGAGGUUUGGCGAUACAUCUUUACAAGAAGUUAUCAACGUGGAGAGUUUGGUGCGGUUAAAUUCCUACUUUGAGCAAUUUAAAGAAGUUUUGCCUGAGGAUUGUCUGCCUCGCUCUCGGAGUCAGACGUGCCUGCCGGAGCUGCUGCGGUUUCUGGGCCAGAACGUCCAUGCCAGGAAGAACAAGAAUGUUGACAUCCUCUGGCAGGCUGCUGAGAUCUGCCGCCGCCUUAACGGGGUCCGGUUCACCAGCUGCAAGAGCGCCAAGGACCGCACGGCCAUGUCGGUGACGCUGGAGCAGUGCCUGAUCCUGCAGCACGAGCACGGCAUGGCCCCGCAGGUGUUCACACAGGCCCUGGAGUGCAUGCGCAGUGAGGGUUGUCGAAGAGAAAAUACAAUGAAGAAUGUUGGAAGUCGCAAAUAUGCAUUUAAUUCCCUGCAGCUGAAGGCUUUCCCCAAGCAUUACAGGCCUCCCGAAGGGACUUACGGAAAAGUUGAAACAUGAACAAGGUUUCCUCUCAUUAGCUGUUAUAUAAUAAAUGUGGGUACCCUCUAG